GUUGCGGCCGCCCCGAACGGAUACGCGCGCAGCAAGUUCGUGGCAGAACAUUUCUGCGGCGUAGCAGCACAUCAUCUCGGCAUGCUGGCCACCGUAAUCGGGCUGGGUCAGCUCGCCGGUGCUGCAGACAUAACGGGAGAUGCCACUGUCUGGAAUCGUCAUGAAUGGUUCCCUAGCCUGGUCGCGAGCUCGAUCUAUCUGGGCUGCCUACCCGACGGUCUCGGUCCCGUCUUCUCGGCGGUCUACUGGGUGCCUUCGGACGUUCUGGGUGAAGCAGUUCUAGACCUGGCUUUCGACGAGAUCAAUAUCAAGAAGGGAAGUGCUGGUGCGAGGGUCAUCCAUGUACGGAACCCAAGGGUGGUAUCGUAACUUGAGAUCCUGCAUGCCAUACACUCGGCGAUGAAAAGUGGUCAAGCAGCAAAAUCGAUGUCGUAUCGUCAAGAUUCUGGCUACAGCGUCUAAGGGGUAGUGCGGCCGGCCCGGGUUUG